GCAAUGAAAUUACUUCGAGAGGCCAAUUGAAUUUUGAACCAGAGCUGGACCUUUGAAAAACUAGGUACUAAAAAGUUCCUACUUGUCAAUUGCUCCAUUGCUUUUCUUGAAGCAUCAGCAAUGAAAUUGCUUAUGGGCAUUGCUUUGCUAUACCUCACGGUUUUCAUCAGUGAGGGCGUUGCUAACGAUGCCAAACGAAACCGAGCAAGGCCAACUCCGCCUUGUCCUGAAGGAUGGAAGGUACGGAAGGCCAACCCUGAGAAAUGUGUCCGCCGAAAAAAACCUGCCAUCCUUCUACCAUGUCCUAAAGGUUGGCAAGAGAGUGAGUUGAAUGCUGGAACUUGUGAAAGGACUCCAAAAACGGACGAAACCAGAUCGGCUGAUCCGACUCCACCCUGCCCUAAAGGAUGGAGGGUGAGCAAAAAGAACCCGGAUAAAUGCGUAGCAAAGCGCCCUAAGAAGAAUCAAGAUGAUGAAGAAAAACAAAAGAAAUAAGGCACAAGCAACCCAAUGUUGAACUUUGGCCAAUUGAUGAAACAUGUGAUGAAUAGUCUGAGUGAAGCAAAUGCGAAUAUUGGGCACAAUUUCUUCAUUUGUGACUAUUAAAAUACAACAAAGUACUUUCACGAAAGCAAA